ACUCUGGGAUAGGCUGGGAGUCGUCGAGCAACGUCGUCAGUCAACGGGGUUUCGGGUUUAAUACCGUCGUUCUUACUAGGACGGGAGAGUCGAGCUGAAGAUAGUAGCAUCGCCUUGCCCCGUCGCCAGGCUCCGAGACUCGCCGCUUUCGUCGAAACUGGCCCAGUGGGAGUUCAUGCUGUGCUGCUUACCUAAAUGCGGUACGACGCUAAAAUGAUGCCGAUGUUCCUGACUGUGUACCUCAGUAACAAUGACCAACAUUUCUCUGAGGUUCCCGUUACCCCCGACACACUUUGUCGGGAUGUGGUGGACUUGUGCAAGGAGCCGGGGGAAACGGACUGUCAUCUAUCUGAGAUGUGGCGUGGAUCUGAGAGAGCUGUGGGUGAUGGUGAGAGGAUGUUGGAUGUACUCCAACGGUGGGGACAGCACAGGGGAGAGGUGCGCUUUUUUCUGCGACACAACCGAGCUCCUAACAGGGAAUCAGGAGGCUCCAGAGGCUCAGAUUCAAAGAGGAAUGGAGUGAGAGCCCCCCCAGACAGGAGAAUGGAGAAUGGGAUGACAACGCCUCGGAUGGACAUGACACUGGCGGAGCUACAAGAGAUGGCUGCCAGACAGCAACAACAAAUCGAAGCUCAACAACAACUCCUUGCCUCCAAGGAGCAGCGACUGCGGUACCUGAAGCAACAGGAGCAGCGUCAGCAGCAGCAGCAGGCUUCAGAGCAGGAGAAGCUCCAGCGCCUCAGAGAAAACAUUGAGAACCAGGAAUCACGACUCAAGAAAGUCAGGGCUCUCAAGGGCCAGGUGGAGCAGAAACGUGUCAGCAAUGGCAAACUGGUGGAAGAAAUUGAGCAGAUGAACAACCUGUUCCAGCAGAAGCAAAAAGAACUGAUGAUGGCUGCAUCCAAGGUGGAGGAGCUCAGUCGUCAGCUAGAGUUGCUCAAAAAUAGCAAAAUGGAGAAUAACCGUGACAACCAAAGCUCAGUGGCAGAGCUAGAUCGCCUCUAUAAAGAGCUACAGGUGAGAAAUAAGCUUAACCAGGAUCAAAAUUCAAAGCUGCAGCAGCAGAGGGAGAGUCUAAACAAACGCAACCUGGAGGUGGCCGCGAUGGACAAACGAAUCAUUGAGCUGCGAGAUAGGCUUUGGAAGAAAAAGGCGGCCCUUCAACAGAAAGAGAACGUGCCUAAUGGCUAUCCUGCUAAAGAGAGAGCUUCAAAAGACACUCAACGUCAGCUGCCCUCUGAUGGCCAAACCGGACAGCAGUCAGGUCCAUCUCGUGUGGCAGCGGUCGGCCCAUACAUCCAGUCAUCCACCAUGCCCAGGGGUCAAGUUAGACAUGAUUUACUUGUAAAACCAGCAUAUCCAGACAGCACUUCACCUCUUCCAGGCAGUGACCUCCAGAACAAGACUGGGACAGAAGCCAUGUUCUUGCUUAARCCUCUGAAAGAGCUGCGGGCUAAAAGAAAAGGCCCUCAGUCAGGAAAACUAUCAGAUUGGAGUGCUUCAAAUCAGGAUUCAAACACCAUCGGUUAUGGCCAAGCUUCAACACUGCCACGAAUGACUUCUCACUCCAACUCGAACACGGAGCUAGAUGAGUCUGAACUGAAGAGGGACAGGAAGAUGCGUCCAUUGUCCAUGUUUGAAUCCGCUGAACCGCCUCCAGCCUCUCUUCGCAAAAACCAGAGCAGCGAUGACCUGGUCAGGGACGGUCAGUCUGCACCUAAGGCUCAAGUCAAGGUGCCACCACYUGUUCCUAGCAAACCAAAAGGCCCUGCCGCUGUUCCCUACAGCAAACCAGGUCUGAACACAGGGACCUUCCCCAAGGCCAAGCCCCACAGUCAGCAGCCCCAGACUGCUCAGGGCCACAGCCCUCUUCUACCCUCACAGAGCCAGACACUCCCCUUACCCUCUAAGCAGGACACUCCACCAGCAGCUACGGUGAGACCCUUCACCCCAGAGCUCCCAUCCCCCAAAGACACCAGUUUGAAUAAACCACAAACCGUAGCAGCCAGUUCUAUUUACUCCAUGUACACRAAGCAACCUGGAUCAGGAAAACCCUUCCAGUCCGGCAUCCAAGGAGCUCUCAAYCGGUCUCAAAACCGCACCAAUGGCUUUGUCAGUGUUUAUGGUAAACCAGUGAUUCCCAGUGGAGGCUCCCAGCACCUUGAGAAUCCAUACCUGGAGCGCCGCUCACCUGCCCUGGAAAAUGAAGUUGAUCUGUCUGGAACCAACAGCGUGGGUCCCGGUCCCCCGGAGGGCUCCCAGCAAGAAACGGAACGCAUCCCCCGUCCCCUCAGCCCCACCAAGCUGCUCCCCUUUAUUUCUAACCCCUACAGACAGAGUGAGAGUGACCUGGAAGCCCUUAGAAAGAAGCUCUACAACGCUCCGCGGCCCCUGAAAAAACGCAGCUCCAUCACUGAACCGGAGGGUCCAGCAGGACCCAACAUUCAGAAGCUCCUCUAUCAGAAGACCCUACAGGAAGCUAUGGAGACCACUGCAACCACGCCAGCCCCUCCCACCUACGCUGGAGAAGGAGAGACGCCGGUGAAUGGAUCUGCAGAGUCACACGGUCUGCUCGGUGCAGAACGUUUCCCGUCAGAGUCCGGCCAGACGGUGGAAAGAGGACAACUCCCAUCCUACGUUCCAGGUGCCAGCGUGUCACUUCCAUCCACAGCUGGUCAGCCCAAACCACCGUCAGCCUUCCCAGACCCCGAGCUCAUCAUCCCCCCUCCUCCACCGUCCCACCCCGCUCCCAGGCCCGAAGACGCCUUCUUCCCUUCACCACCUUCUGCAGGCUCUGAGGACGCAUUGUCCAACCUGCCCCCACCACCUUCAGAAGGCUUCCUGGAAGAGUUUCCCCCCUACCCACCACCUCCAUACCCCACUGGAGCAGAGCAGGACAGUUUUGGAGAAGACACCUUUAACAUGAAAGCACCUGAGGUCACAGGACAGGUCACCCUGCCUCCGGGAAAGAGGACUAAUUUGCGCAAGCCUGACUCUGAACGCAUCGACCACAAAAUGAGGGUGAAGUUCAACCCGCUGGCUCUGCUGCUGGACUCGUCUCUGGAGGGAGAGUAUGACCUGGUCCAGAGGAUCAUAUACGAAGUGGAGGAUCCCAGUCAGCCCAACGAUGAAGGCAUCACCGCUCUGCACAACGCUGUGUGUGCCGGACACACAGAGAUCGUCAAGUUUCUGGUUCAGUUUGGCGUCAACGUUAAUGCUGCUGACAGUGACGGCUGGACACCCCUUCACUGCGCUGCAUCCUGCAACAACGUGCAAGUGUGCAAGUUUUUGGUGGAGUCCGGUGCAGCGGUGUUUGCCAUGACUUACAGCGACAUGCAGACAGCAGCUGAUAAAUGUGAAGAAAUGGAGGAGGGUUACACUCAGUGCUCCCAGUUCCUUUAUGGCGUUCAAGAGAAGAUGGGCAUCAUGAACCGGGGUGUGGUCUACGCUCUGUGGGACUACCCUGGUGAAAACCAGGAUGAACUCUCCUUCCAUGAAGGAGACUGCAUGACCGUUGUCCGCAGAGAAGAUGAAGACGAGAUCGACUGGUGGUGGGCACGCCUGGGAGACACCGAGGGUUAUAUUCCACGAAAUCUCCUCGGGCUCUACCCCAGAAUCAAACCAAGACAAAGGACCCUAGCUUGAAACCGAAAUAUCUCUUCACAUUUCCAGCCUGGCAGAACUCACACAAACACACACACACUCACACAAACACUCACACAGGCUUUAAAAGACUGGGAACGAAAAAGGACUCUGCCAAAAUGAAGAAGCAAGGACAAACCAAGUAAUAUGAAGGAUCAACAAUUUCUGGCACUUUCUUUUAUCUACAAUAGAGGAAUUCCUCCUCACUCAUUGUAUCAAUCAGAUACUUAGUUUCCUUAUUUUUAUUCUGUUAUUUUUGUAAAUUGUAAUCCAAAACUGCAUUUUAAAAUAAUCAAAACUUAAAUGCUAUGGAGCAAAAAUGGAACAGGCAGUAUUUUUGUCAGUAGGAAGUUAUUUUUCUACACUUUUGAACUGUUUUUGCUUGGUAUGCUGGUUAUUUUCUAACAAAUAUAACAAUGCUUUAGGUCAGUGAGCAGAUGAUGUAAUAGUAAAAAAAAUACUCUGUUACUGUGACAAUCUUUAGCAGCUUAUUUGUCAGUUUUUGUUUGUGUUUUUCAACACCGUUCGGGGUAAGCGUGUUGAAAAUAUAACGUGGAGAAAUCAGAGAUUAGCUUUUUCUUGUAAUCUUGCAGUUCAUUCUGUGGUAAAUGAUGCACAAUGAGUCCAUCAGCAGCGUUUCAGCUCCGGCAUGUGGUUGACAUAACGUGUACAUAUAUUUCUGUCACUGAAAACCAGUAAAAUAUCAACGUAUCAAUGAACUGAAACUCUUAAAGAGACACUUUGACUAAAAAAAAGACAUUUUAAAGUAUGUUUAUUUUUUAUUACAAUCAUUCCAUCCUAGUAUAGAAAUGUGAGGACAAGGUUAAUUAUUGAAGCCCUGACAUCUCGUAGUCAUUGAAAGGUUACACGUUUUCACUUAAAUAGUCAAAGUAAUGGCACCCAUUAAAAGUAAAAAAGGUGAACCAUAAGAGAACUUACAGUAGCUUUCACGCAUCUAUUGAUGCAGAUGUAUUUAUUUUUGUUACUCUUCUGUAGGUCUUUUGUCACGACUAUAAACACAAAUGUACUGUAGUUUAAAUAUUUACAAUAAAAUACUUUGUACUAA